GCGGCCGGGCGCGCGGCUGGGCGGAGGGAAGAUGGCGGUGACCGGCUGGCUAGAGAGUCUGCGGGCCGCGGAGAAGACGGCGCUGCUGCAGGAUGGGAGAAGGAAGGUCCACUAUUUGUUCCCAGAUGGGAAGGAGAUGGCCGAAGAAUACGAUGAGAAGACAAGUGAACUACUUGUGAGAAAGUGGCGGUUGAAAAGUGCCCUAGGAGCCUUGGGCCAGUGGCAGGUCGAGGUGGGAGAGCCAGCGCCCCCUGGAGCAGGGAGCCUGGGGUCUGAGCUCAUCAAGGAAAGCAACGCCAAUCCCAUCUUCAUGCGGAAGGACACCAAGAUGAGUUUCCAGUGGCGGAUUCGAAAUCUUCCCUACCCUAAGGAGGUCUAUAGUGUCUGUGUGGACCAGAUGGAGCGCUGUGUUGUUGUCAGAACAAUGAACAAAAAGUACCUUAAGAAGUUCUCCAUUCCGGACCUAGACAGACACCAGCUACCUCUGGAUGCUUCCCUGCUGAGCUUUGCUCAUGCCAACUGCACCCUGAUCAUCUCCUACCAAAAGCCAAAGGAAGUCCUGUUAGCGGAAUCAGAACUGCAGAAGGAGCUAAAGAAGGUAAAGACGGCCCACAGCAGUGAUGGGGACUGCAAAACCCAGUAACAAGCACCCCUACCUUGAAGGAUGUGCACCCCAGCUUGGAGGACGGUGAGGCUCUUCGUGUGCCCAUGAGACCUCAGGGCCUAGGCCUUUCCAUGCAGGGGCAGCCUCUUCUCUCCCAGGAGCUAUCAGGCUCCCUGAGAACUGGGCCUCGGGGCCUCCUGGUCACAUCUCCUGAGUAAAGUCAUUGAGUCGCUGUGGGA